AUGGCAGCGCAGUCUCGGGGCGGAGGGACGUCCUACGCAACGAAGUCAGUAUCAACGACCGUGGACGCUCCCGUCUGGACGUCGUAUCUAGCGAUUCGAUCGUCGAGCUCCAGUCACAGUGUGACACGAGGCCGCACUGUACCGGAUACUGUAAACAGACGCUUCGCAAGUACCAAUCUACGUGGACGAAAGCGAGCAAAGUCGUCGGCUGGUGGGGGUACACUGCAAGAAACCAGCACCUGGAUGACACUGGCCACGCCACUUGGGACACGACGUAGCGGCCGAGAAGACGGGGACGUAGUGCUGAAUAGCAUUCGUCAGUACUGGGAACAGCUCAGUAGCAACGAGCGCCAGCAGAUUCUGUUUCUCGAUGACCCGGAGCUCGUCAAGCAACUGUACAAGCUGAACCUGAGCUUACUGUGCGUCGGAUUGAUGCAACGGCACCUCAAGACGUCCGUCCAUCGACGAGUCUCAGGCAAAACAACUGCUGACACGAAAGUUGUUGCAGUGCCUGCGUCGAUCGGAACGAAAGGUGUGACCUCAACGGAUGCGCCAGCAGGAACCGAGCAAACAGCAACGCCGCCACCUGUUGUCCGUGCGUUGCCAAACACAUGUGCAGAGAAGACGUAUGAGUUGCUUGAGGCAAUGGAGUUUAUGGAUAUAGGCACGGGCAUCUUGACGGUAAAAACGGAAUUGGCUGAGGACACGGAUCGGCUGUUCGCGCUGGUUGGAGAUGUAUUGCAAGGAUUUCUUACAUCGGUCCAUGUGCUCAAGGAGAGCAAGUUUAACAAGUUGUUUGUGACGGAAAGUGAGACUAUCAGCUCGUGGGCAAAUUACCAGCGUCUGAUCGCGAUGCUGGUAGAGCAGCUUGUUUUAAGGAGCUACGUGAGUCACCUGGAAAGCGAAGCUGCACAACAAAUGGAGCAACUUUUGCUAGAGGUGUCUCUGGAGGACAACAGCUUGUCAACACGCAUCCCAACCUCAGGUGGCAAGAAGGGGAAAAGCAAGAAGAGAAAGAAGAGAAAACCAGCACCGCAUAAGGCUGCAGCUGCCGACCGGGUUGGUGUGGUAACGACUGCAAGCAGCUCCAAUGGUGAUGCUGGUGGAAAUCAAAUGGAAAAUAGCUCAACUGCCCCGUCGACGAACAAGGUCACAGCGAUGGAGCCCGUCUGUGAACCAAUACCGGAUUUUACAUCCAACAGUGCAGCAGAAAGCGACUGCCGACCCUUUGUGAUCACGGAACUCAUCAAUGAGGUCGCGCUGGGUGGAGACGAAGCCAUUUCAGCAGAAACAGAAGCUGCCACGAGGAAGGUGUCACGUCUGAAUCCCAACGCGCUCGUUUUCCAGCCCCAGAACCUCGAACCGUUUGCCAAGAAGGUCAAUGUACAACGCUCUUCCUGUGCAAGAAAACGAUCGUUUGAGCAGUAUAUCAUCAGCGUUCCAUGGGAGGAUGUCGAUCGUGACGGCGGUCGUGUCUUUGAUGGCCGAACCGCCGACAGCGAUUCGUCUAGUGAAGACGAAGGAGGCAACGACAGGAGGGCUUCACAACGGUCGAGGAGGAAGCAACGACGGCGUGAUGAAGACACGGAGCUGGAGUCGCAGCUGCAACAGGUGUACGCGUCCACGUCAUUUCUCUUCGGCUGGGACUUUCUGCGACAGUGCGAGCUCUUGGAUACCAAUGUGCACUGGAGCGAGUUGACGCUGUGGCAAACAGCGCCGAAAGAAGUGGUGCGGUAUUUUUCACCGGAAAACGGGGACAGGGUCUCUCGGUUCCAAGCGUCUCACCUUCUGGCACCUGCUCGCUCCGUAUCGUCGAGGUACUACUUCAACAUGCAGCCAUCAGCGCCAUUUGGCUCUCCACUACUACUGCCUCCUGCAGGCACGGAACAAGUGCCUCUCUGCGGUUCAUUUGACUACCCGCUGCACACGGUCGUCUCGUCACCAAAUUUUUCCAGUGUACAGUACUACCACGCAAGUGAGCAUGAUGAGGACGACCAAACUUGA